AUGGCCUUUCCCCAGCUGCCCUCUUACAUGUCGGGCCCUUCACAAGACAAUGCCUCCUCCCAGGUCAGCCUUGAUUCCAUCACCCUCGGCCAGCUCAAGGCCAUGGUCGGCUCCGCUCCAAAACCAAAGGCACGUGUCUCCACUCUCGUCCAGUCCUAUUACGACUUCAAAUAUGACGACGAGGACACCGUUCUCAACGAAAUCGAGGAGUUCUAUUCGUAUGUCGAAAUGCCCCAGGUCGCGGAGAACCUCAAGGCCUGGGAAGGCUCAUUCCCUGGAGGCAAGCGCGCACGUUCUUACUCUUCCUUUUGUCUGACUCAUUACAUAGUCUGGAUCGAAAGCUCUUCGGCGCAGCGGAGGGCUCACGUGGAGGUACUCCUAGAAAGCCUGGAGCAUCGCGACGCCGAGAUCCGGUUCACCAACGCUCGCAGGCUGCUUUACGUUUUACAAGGCACCUUUGCGGAGACAACAUCUCCGGAACACCAACUCCAUUGGAUUUUUGAGAAUUGUAAAGUCGCUCGUUCCGCUAACGGACUAAGUAACAUUGUUGAGGCCAUCAAAAUUGCGAGUUCGAAGCACGAUCUACUAUGCGGCCUGUCUGACACUGACGCUGCUCGAUUCAACAUUUCUGCCCAGGAAAAAGCAGACUUCAUGGAAGAGGUUACCACAGAACUCUCUGUCUAUCUGGGCAUGUUGUACCACAUGGUAGAGGUAUUCAAAGGCCAUGAUGACUUUGCCGACGAACUGAUGAGUCUUGAGCCCCCGUUGCCGGUGUAUCUAUUCAACACAGUUGCCGGCCUGCGGGACAAGAGCGCCAAGGGAUAUCCCGUCAAAAAGCUACUCCUCGUGCUCUGGAAGACACUUCUAACCUGUUGUGGUGGCAUACGUGAGCUAACACGCUCUAAGCAGCUCUCACGAGAGAUUUCUGGCCUCCCGCCUAUUCCAGACGAAGCGGUUCCGAUCAAGGCUUCACCCCUCGAUAUAGAGGCCUUUCGCCAGGAGAUAUCCGUGAAAUAUCCGACAUUCACCCCACCGCCUGCACCGGUUCCCGUCGCUCCUCCCGCUGCCGCUGCUGUCAUCACAUCUAAGCUCGCACAAGCGUACUCGCCUAUCCCAAUUCGUCAUCAUUAUGAUCAUGAUGACAAUGAAUCGCAGCAGUCAAACAUGGGAUCCACUGCGCAACACCCAUUCUUCCCGAUGCAGCAGUCGAACUCUUUCCGGCCGAUGCCCCAAGCAGCUACACCAGCUCCAUCGCCCCCACCCUCCCCUAAACCCAAGAAGCAGCAGUUCCAGACUGAUCAAAAUCGACCAUUCCUGUUCCCGUUCUCACGUAGCCAGGCACGGUAUAAUAGUUCACGGCUGGUCCCGUUCGCGAUCGAUGAGGCAGACAAACUGUAUACGAAGCAUAUGUACGUAAGCAUGUCGCUGUGGCAGAUGUGGAAGACAAGAGAAGAGUGCAUGACCACAGAAAGCGGCCUCGAACGCAUGCCCGGGUCAAAUCCACUUCUGGAGCCGAAAUUGGCGCCAACUGUGUCGCCAGAAGAUGAAACAUCGGAUAUCCUACCAGACAUUGCACGGCUCGACGCCAAAAUUGCAGAAGCAGAACUAGAAAUGGAAAAUGCUGAGUCUAGUAGUGAGAAGCGGAGGGCGCAAGAGAGGAGAGAAGACUUAAUGCGACUAAAGAGAGUAGAGCAAAUUUAUAGUUCUGUGCUUCCAGUGCUUCAGGGCUGGGUUUUGGUUUUACUCAAAUUACUUUUGGCCACCGUCUCGGCUUCUACUGGUUUACCUCCCUCAUCUGCCGCAUCUGCCGGAUUUCCUCCCGGGGUGACGUCGCCUCUUGACCAGCCCCCCGCACCACCGCCUACGUUGGAUGAGAUUGACGUUACCCGGCAUCGAGAGAUCACGUCAAAGGCAGUAUCAGCGAUUUUACUUCUGACGCUCAAAUGGUUCAAGGUCUCUCAUGUUAUGAAAUUUCACCACCUAGGGCAGCAUUUACUGGACACCAAUUGCUUAUUAUUGAUCUUGAAGAUGUUUGGCCUCCAAGAGGUCUCUACGACGGUUGUAUCGAAGGCAGACUCACCCGAAAAUAAUUUCUUCCGGUAUUGUCAAACCCACUUCUCGAAGAACCCUCACGCUGUAAGGCCAGAAGACAGCAUGCUCAAAGCUCCCCGCCAAACUGUCACGCGUGUCACAAUUCUUCCUAAUGGGCUCAAGCACGAGGAGGAAGUUGACUUAUUGACUGACUUCUCGUGGCGGAAUUUCUUCUCCGUAAUCAAUUUUGCGAAGAUCAUGCAGAAACUCUCCAAGCAUCGAUCUCAUCGUAUCAGGAUGUUAGUGCAGUACAAGAGCUCUGCUGUAUUGAAGCGGAUCCUCAAAGUACAGCAUCCAAUGCUCCAGCUGCAUGUCCUGAAACUCAUCAAAAGUCAAGCGCAAGAGCAAGCACUUCGGCACCUUGUCAAAUUCUACAACACGAAACGGUACGGUGCCGCGGUUGCACAUCAAGCCAGUGCGCAUAGGCGCGCUGCAAGCAUCUCCAAUCAUUUAGAAGGCCUUCACCCUGGUCCGGAAUUGUCAGGCUUGAUACGUCCCGUCGGGACACCCAACACGAUUGAGGCUGAUGUGUUCCCGCCGCUACGAGCACAAGCGCCGGACCCGUCCAUUUUCUUGCCUUAUAUCACAGAAGAUAUCGCCUUUGAGGAGGAGUACGAGGAGUACUUGUCGGACCUCGGCUGGUCGGAUGAUCAGCCAUCUUCCCAAGGACCACUGUUCUCUGGCACGUCCGCCUGGCAUAGAUUGCCUGAAUACGCAACAGACAUCGCAGACGGUAUCAGCGAUAGCGAGAGCAUCGUGUCUAUCGGUGAGUUGGGAGAUGAAGCUCGUUUAGACGUCGGUAGGGACGACCGGGACGUUCCUGACGAGAAUCUCAACAAUUGGGAGCACAUGAGCCCCAAGACCAUGGCGGCGCUCACGAAGUCGCCUGCGCGUGGACGUCGUUCUAGUUCGGGCAGCGGUGGUCUCCGACCCGUCCUUCCGUUCGAACUCGAUGCAAGCAGCGCAGUUGCUGAUGAUGAUGACGAGGAGGAGCCAGAAUUUGGGCCCAUGCCGCGGGAAGCAUCUGGACCAUUCCAGGCCGGCGCAGGCGUGGAUGAAGUUGAAUAUGCUUAUGGGUAA